AUGCAUGGUGAAUGGAAUGGAUUGCAAGCUCUGUUUUUGAAAGAUUGUCCUUUUGCUUAUUACAUUCACUGUCUUGCUCAUCGAUUACAAUUAGCACUUGUUUCUUUAGCCAAAGAAGUUUGCUAUGUUCAUCAAUUCUUUUCAAAACUUGCACUAAUUGUGAAUGUUGUGACUGUUUCUCCUAAGCGUCAUGAUCAGUUAAGGGUUGCUCAAGCAAAUAAUGUUGCAAACUUAAUUGCCAAUGAUCAACUUGUGACAGGUAGUGGACUUAAUCAAAUUGGUACUUUGCAAAAAGCUGGAGAUACUAGAUGGGGGUCUCAUUUGAAUUCUGUACGUAACUUGCUAUGCAUGUUUGAUGCUACUUGUGAAGUUCUUGAAAAAAGCACUGAAGAAGGUAAUUUCUCCACUUGUGGUGAUGCUAGUGUUGCUUAUGAUGCUAUCACAUCCUUUGAAUUUGUCUUUGUUUUACAUUUGAUGAGAAAUAUUUUGCAAGUUAGUCAUGAUCUUUGUCAAGCUUUGCAACGAAAAAAUCAAGACAUAUUGAAUGCUUUAACUUUGGUUUCUACUACCAAGACUUUAAUCCAACGAAUGAGAGAAUCAAGUUGGGAGGCUUUCAUAAAAGAAGUUAUAUUGUUUUGUGAGAAACAUGAAGUUGAGUUGCAAGAGCUUAAUGGAAGAUUCAAUGAUAAUAUGGUGGAAUUGCUUACUUUAAGUUUAACUUUAGAUCCCAGAGAUAAUUAUAAGUUCUUCAGUGUCAACAAAGUAUGUGAAUUAGUAGAACGAUUUUAUCCAGGUGACUUCAGUGACCAAGAGAAAUUUCACAUUAGAAUGCAAGCUCAACAUUAUGAACUUGAUGUUCCUAAUCAUGUUGAGUUAACUAACUUGUGCACAAUUUCGGAGUUAUGUCAAGGAUUAACGAAGACAGGAAAGUCUUUAACAUAUCCUUUGAUUGAUCGUUUGAUUCGCUUGGUAUUAACUCUCCCUGUUUCAACUGUUACAACUGAGAGAUCUUUUUUAGCUAUGAAUAUUGUGAAGAAUAGACUCAGAAAUAAAAUGGAAGAUGAAUUUCUUGCUAAUUGUCUUUUGAUUUACAUUGAGAAGAAGAUUGCUGAAAGAUUUGACACCGAUUCUAUUAUCGAUGAAUUUUAUGAUAUGAAGAAUCAACGUGUGUAUUUGACUGUUAUUUGGGUGUAUGUUGCUGGUAUUCGAGUGUAUGUGGAUGGAAACUUAUUUGCUGAAAAAGUGAGUUUUAAAGACCUUUCUGACGAGAACAAAGAAAUUUUUAGAAGAAAGAGGAAGAAGAUUGUGGAGGAUUCCUCUUCGAAAAGUGAAAGCAAAUCCGAUGAUGAGAUGCCGGAAAAAAAGGUAGACAUACCGGAAGCUGGGAUCCCCUUGAUAGAAGCUCAGUAUGAUUCAUCUGAAAUAAUGUCGAAGGUCAACCUGAAAAGUGAAAAUGAUCCUGUGUUUCAAAUACAAAUGGAACAGAGCAUUGUAAACCAACCCGGUGAUAGCUUGUUGGAUGUUGAAGAAGAAUCAUUCACUGAUCCGUUCGAAAGGACACACAUUCUCAAUCUGAAACUCUUGAGACCACUCCACAACCUCCAUCAACUUGCUGAUGGUACACCUGCAGUGGCAGCAGCUCCUUCAAAAAUUUUUGAUUGUGCCAUUUAUGUAAUGAAAUGUCUUGAGAUAAUCGAGCCAGAAAAUAUUAAAAGGGGGAGAUAUGAUUGGGACAAUUGGACACAGGCAGAGGUGGACCACUUCAGGGUCGAAUACGCUUCGCAAAUUUUGUUUGAUGAGAUAAAUUCUGAUAGAGAUAUAGCCAUCCGAAAAAGUGAAGCAAUAAGAUUGUCCAAACCAUCUGCAACUUUGUUGAGUCCGUAUUGUCAAAUAGAUUCAAAUAAUUUUGACACUGAUUAG